AUGUCUACGUUGAAUGCUUCUACUGGUUAUACUCACUUCCACUUGCAUUUAGGACGCACACCGCGGAGACUGCCCCCGUUGACACCGGAGGGAGUACAUGACGUACGCGAAAUCUUUCCCACAGAUAUCAGCGGUGCACUAGAGACCAUCAUGUCCCUGAAGACCGACAUCGCCGACGCGCACGACGCUCUGAUGUCGACGAAGAUCGGCCAAGCUGCCUGGGCAAACGCACACAGAGCAGAAGAACCAAAGUUCGCGGUGGACGACCUUGUAUACCUCUCCACCGCGCAUCGUCGGCGCGAAUACCUGAACGGUAGCAAUCAGCGAGUAGCCAAG